ACCCUGUAUGGUUUCCGAUUGGCUGGAUUCUCCGCCCAGGGGUUGCAUCGAUCAUCCCCUUGGCGUUUCCACGGGUUUUGGUAUAUAAAGCAGCCUCCCCAGGGACACUGACGAUAGUCUGAAUCCUUUGCUGUUCGUGAAUCUUCGGUUCUCACCGACCACUAUCGUGAAGUAGUGACCUAACCUAGGAGACAUAAGUUAAUGUUAAUAUUAUUAAUCAAGUAGCAGGGAUAAAACAGACUUUAACCAAAAAGUAAAUUUGGUUCUAGAAGUGAAUCUUUUGUGGAGAGACUUUUGAGGAGAGCUGGAAGUUGGGCAAAAGAUUUUGAGGAAUUUGCAGACUUGGUAAAUUAAUUAGGGAAUUGCAAGUGAAGUGAUUAAUGAUCUGGUAAGGAUAGGAAGCAUGGCGAGCCAUUCGAGUUACGAGUAUGAAGACAGGGGGCAGAGGAUGAGGCACCGGGUCGGUACCACUUCCAGGGCGGCUGACUCCACUGUGGCUUGCACUAGCAGUCAGUAUUACGUGGGUCCAAGCAGUGAUAUCAGCGAGGAGGACCUUGCAGAGCUUCCUUCCUGCGUUUACGCGGGUAGAUCCACUCAACACGUCGCACACACCUCCCCACAUACUCAUUCUCCUCUCCAUUACCACAUGCCGGUUUCUACACCUGAUCACAAUGAUACGGAGAUCAAUGGUGUAGAAGAGGGCUACUACCCAAAUGGCAGCCCCUAUAGAAUUCAACGACACGCCGCCAAUAUACGCGAAAGAAAACGCAUGCUGAGCAUCAACUCGGCUUUCGACGAGCUCCGAGUUCACGUUCCAACGUUCCCAUAUGAGAAGAGGCUGUCCAAGAUUGAUACUCUACGUCUGGCUAUAGCGUAUAUCGCGCUCCUUCGAGAAGUGUUGGCUGCAAGGCUCGACCCAUUGACCUACGUCGAGAGGUGCCUUAGAGGAGAAAUAAAUGGUGAACGCGCUGAAUGGAACACCAGUGAUCUGACAGCACGUUUGUCGUGGAUAAAUUGGGAGAAUUUAGGCGUGAAUCCUAAUCGAAGGUCAGUCUUAACCACGCUCGCCCUAACGACGGACAAUAUGAAUUAAAAAUACAGAAGAAGAAAAAAAAAUCUCAUCGAGGAUAAUCGCAGACGAAUUCUCCUUUUCUUUGUAAAUAAAUCCCAGUCGAAUAGAGUGCCAAAGGAUGUUAUACAUAAAUAUGUAUACAUUUCAGUUCUAGUCUGGAUCGUGCAAUACGAAGCGAUGAUAUUAUAUUUCGUAUUUCUACAUAUAAAUAAUUAUAUAUUAUACGUACACGCGUGUACAUGUAAAAUGGGAAUAGCUAUACAUAUAUUCUAGUUUUAGUAUUUUGUUUGGAAUAAAAUCAGCGCUUGUGAGAAAACCUA